UCUGGGAUACGGGACUGUAAAUGAUACGGUCAAGCUGGCAGGGAGCUAUCUAUUGUACAUGUAAACUGUAGAUGUUUACGGACCACCUGUGCCAGAGGUUCAAAACAGGUUAUGACACCAGAUGUCGACGACACUGGAGGGUCUUCAGAAUUCUGAUUUAGGUUCGGACUACUGGCUGUCUAUAGGAGUUUGAUGUGAUAACACUAUACUUGGUAAGAACUUGGCAACCGGUAUGGUCCAUGGAGUCACCUUAGAUUUCAACACCUCUUUCUUGUGCUGAGAAGAACAUUGAAUUUGGAUCAGAGGAAAGAACGGUUCAACGUGGAACUUAAUUAUGGAGUAUUCAGCCUUUUGGUAGCGCCAUUUCGUGGAUUGACUUAAAGAAAUUUACAGCAGGAUAUGCAAGGUCGAAAGUUCCAUCGUGUUUCUGUAAUUUAGUUUAAUUGAACAUAGAAGUCACUCAGACUUAAUGUUGCAAUGUGUGAAGAAAUAGAUCUGGACUAAUUUCAAAAUAUCUUCUUUUUUGUUCAUGAUUUGUGAAUUAUAAAACAUUUCGGUAUUAUGGGACGUCUCUGCUUCUAAAAACAAAUCAACUUGCUUUGACAAGUAGAACCAGAUGCCCAAUAAUCAUCACGACCAAGCCAGUCAUGUUGAUUAUUUGGGCAAGAUGAACUUUCGGAGUACGUUCUCGCUACAUGUGAAUAAGCAGUCGAUAUGAAAGGUAACUGUCAGGAUUUGAUUGCUUUGAACAAAAAUUUCUGCAGAAUCAGACAAAUCUUCCUUUUCACCACUAAAAGUGACCAUCAGGAAAGUUAACUCCCGUAAGCGGGCUAUGGUAUUUGAUUCCUGGAGGAGAAACGCAUUCGAUGUAUCUGUCAUAAUGACAUUUUAUUAUCCAAAUCAGGAGAUUGAAACAUUGCCUGUCACAUGAUUGAUUUGUUUCUUGUUGGUUUAUCUCACUUUGUAAUAUUCAAUGUGUUUGGUUUGGCAAAGAAAUAACAUCUACUUUAUAAGGGACUGUAUACUUCCUAUCCUAGACAUGCUAGAGUGCUUUUUCAUGAAUAAGCAUCAUAUAGAGUUGGAAAUUAUUGUGUAAAUCGUAUCAUGUUGGAGAAUAGGUGACAGAAUAAAAAAAGAACGAACCUAUUCAAGGAUUUCUUCUGGUAUUUGAAAGGAAAUUAAAGUCCGUAUUAAGAACUUGAUGACGACAAUGGCGACUGGACGGGUGGAGUUCCCUCAACUUCGACCACUGGGUCGACCGCCAAAGAAAGCGAACACGAUCACUACCGGCUUGAGAGAUUCAUCAAGACUAGUUGACAUCAACUUGAGUUCUCGCUUGAUUAAUCGUUUGCCGGCCACCAUUUCGUCAACGAGCGUUGAUGAAGAUGCGCCGGUGUGUGAAGACCCAUCCCCUCCUCGUCAUUUCUCUCUUCAGGGUCAGCCGAAGAAUAAAACCGCCGAGAAGCGACUUCAGUUCUACAAACGAAUGAGUAGUCGUAAUUUAAUCGGAGUUCAAAACGCGGUUGAAACCACUACUCCCGGGAACCUUGAUAGCCAUAAGGUUGGAGAAAAAGAGGAGAGGGCGCGACGGCCGUUUACGCGUUCGGAGAGUUUCCGACUUGGAGCUAUCAAGGAACUCGCCAAGCAAAACAGCUCUCUGAGUGACAUUUACGACGACAGUGCGUACUUACGACGAUCGAGUAAUUUCAGCGAUGGAACAGUAGAUGUAGUCAAAACGCGCUCCGUGCCUCGACCGCGAGGAAAGUCUCUCACAAAACAAAUAAGUCUUCUCAGUCUUCGCUCGAACACGUCGACGAUGUCAUUGAUGAGUUUAGACAAGGUUGGAAGGAGUGGGAGAAGGAGAAGCAGAGGUAGCUUUAAUCCAAGGUCGGGCUCACGAAAUAGGAAGUCAGGUCGACAGGGAGAAUCACCAUCGCGCAUUGGCGGGAGACUGAGCAGAAGAUCGCAACUCAAGGCUAUCGCUCCUCCUCCAAGUUUGUUAAAGCACCGUUUUAUGAAGGCUGUUAGACUUCUCCAGCUAAUCAACCGCUCGUUUCAGAUCAACAAAAGAAGCCGUUAUGUGAGGGAACAAGACGCCGAGAGUGUCGGUCUGGGUAGCCAUUCUCCUAAGAAAGAAGUAGGAAUCUUCUUCGAUCUUAAUCACUUCAAGGCGAGAAAAGAGGGUCAGCUCAGUUUGGAAGUUAAACGGAUUUUAAUGAAGGAACCAUGUGACAGGAGUCAUGAAGAAGUAAAGAAGACAUUGGUUUCACUUCGUACUACUCUGGACGCUUUCUGUGAGUUUCCAGUUCAAAUGCAACAAUCUAUCGCAAAGUUUGGAUUCUAUAACAAGCUUGAGAAACGUCGCGUGAUUGUACGGGAAGGUCAUCGAGCAGAUAAUUUUCACCUGAUGUUAUCAGGUACAGCGAUCGUCACCACAACCACCCGGGAUGAACAAACUCAAGAACCAAGGGUUAAACUUGUCAACUUCAUCAAGAGAGGAAACACGUUUGGAGAACGAGAACUGAUGACUGGGGUUGUGAGACCACACACCAUCGUAUCUCACGAGGAAGUGGAAUUACUUAGCCUAGAUAGAGAGGAAUAUAUGACAAUUUUCACACCUAAGAACGAGCUUGAGAUCGAGCAGGACGUCGAUGUGGCCAGUUUUCUUCGUACGAUCACGGUUUUUAACGAUUGGCCUGUCGAGAAGCUACCGAAGAACAACCCUGCUAUCUGCCUUCUCACCUACUUUAGAAAGGGCGCGGUGGUUUGCCUGAACAGCAACAAGACGGAAUGGAUUUAUAUCGUCAAAUCUGGAGCUUGUCAAGUGCUAAAAGAACUCAAAGAACCUAUAACUACAACUCCACGCAAGACAAAGGGGAUAGAACCUCACAGGAAGAAACUAACAACUCACAAAGCAAAUCGCAGAAAGAAACUGAAGUUACCUCCCAUCAUCAAAGUCACGGAAGACGACCAACCCUCAUCCACCUCUUGGCCCUCUAGCCCCGCCCCUAGCAUCAGAGAUGACGUCAGCACAGCAAGCAUUGGAAGUGAUGGGGAGCCGAAGGUAUCCAAGGAGAAAGGAAGGUUUUACAGGGCAGCUAAAACGGUUUUCUCCACCGAGGUACAACUCAGACAGAAGCUGGACUGUAUUGGAAACGCCGAGGAACAUAUCUCAUUGUUGGAUAACAUUAAUGCCCGGAGUCGCAGCCCUCGCCUUGCUGAUUUAACGACAACGUUGAUGGCGUCCAUGGCUUCUGAUGCUGGUAGUACACGAGAUUGUGACGAGAGGAAUUCAAUCUUUCUUAAACUCAGACGAUGUGUUUCGGGUGAAGUUUUCGGGCUCAACUCAGUCCUCUUCAAGUCUGUCGGGGGUUCCCCUAGUUUAACUUUGACAUCAGAAGGAGCCGAGUGUAUCCUCAUCUCUAAGAGUUUCUUCCUGCAGCACCUAACUGAGACAGCCAAAGAUCAUCUACUUCGUACGGUCCCUCCGUGGCCGGCUGAAGCUCGUUUACAAGAAUUACUUCAAGAACACGCUGAUUGGGAUAAAUAUAAAUCAGCUAUGAUCGGAGAUAUCAUCACAUUCAACAAGAAGGUAGCCACUGGUAUAAUCUGAUGAGUUUAUCAUGGACAUGGUCAUCUCAAUGUCGACGCCAAAGACUGCAUUUGUGUUAUUGUUUCCAAUACCCCAUUUUCAUCCAAGUUUGAUCACAACGGUUAAAUAUAUUCAAUACGACUUGAUCGCAGGACAGACGACACUCUAAAUCGCAGAGAUUUCAAAUAAAUCCUCAUCGGUUGUAGUUUGUUACCAGUCGAACUCCUAUCUUGGAUUUUAAUCGAAAGGAAUUGAAUUUAAUUCAUUUGAAAAUUAAAAAAGACCCUUGAGGAUAUAAUACUAAAUAUAGAGUUUGUAGUGAUUAGUUCAUAUGAUCAGGAUUUAUUUUAAAGGACAAGUCCACCCCAACAAGAACUUGAUUUGAAUAAAAA